AUGAGUCACGCAGCAGCUAGUCAUCAGCAGCAUGACUACCGUGCCUAUAGCCAUUCAGGUGCUCCCGCCAAGCGACCUCCUCCUGUUGAUGGAGAAGAACAGUGGUACCUUGACGGUGGAGCGAGUAAUCGAAUGGCUCUUGCGUUGGUUUCGGGUAUUCCUAAGGAAGUAGAUUGGGCCCUUAGCCGCCUUGUGAAUCUCUCUGAUGAACACACCAAUCGAUUCGUCCUCAGUGCGGUACCUCGGCUUAGCGAAGCCAUCCUCUAUUGGCCAGAGGUCUACAUUGAGGAAUCCAGGAAAAAAUUGACUCAGCUCUACCCAUACUUUGCACCCGGUCCUCGUGUUGAGGGUCUCAGAAAACAUGCUAUCGAAUCCUUGCUUACUCUCCGCAAUGCUUCUCAUAACGACCUCAACGCUAAUCACCUGGGGCAAGAGCCGAGGACUAUGCGGGUAAUAGUUGGGAUGCUCCACCUCCCACCCGAUGAGGUCAACACAGAACUUCUGAUCUACGCCCUCGAACUUCUUACCGUGAUUGGGCCGUAUCUCCCUAGCGUCUCAAAAACGAGGGGGAGGGGCACUUCUCCCUACGUAGACAUCCCUUUCUCUCGGAUUGAUGAAAUUGUCAGCACUUCGAUCGACCGAGCUCUAAUCAUCCCCGCCAUGGGGUUUCUCACGCCUCUGAUGGUUCCAAAUCCUGCGAUCCCACCAGAGUCCGCAGAUUACUACCCACCUCCUUACUCCCCAUCGUUGUCCUCUCUGGCACUGUCCCGCGCGCUUCGGUUCCUUGCAGUGCUUCAAGAUGCGGCCCUAGUGACUGCGGCGCUAGAGUUUGUCUCUACGUACCUCUCUACUCCAAGCACCUCCAAGGCGUUCCUUGCCCACCCUGAUUUCCCUAAUACUCUUCGUCUUCUUAUUUCCAUCCUGAGGAAUGAGCAAAAGGUAGAAACCAAAGUGGUCGCGCUCAACACGCCGAAGUCGAAGGCAGAACCAGAAGAACAAUACGAACCUUAUGAGCUGACAGAAGAGGAUCUCUCUCGCAUUGUACCUAUGUCCGAGCCUGAGAGAUCAGUCGCUUGGAUGCGCAUAAUGUUUGAGUACGCUCCUGGAUCAGAGCAAACUCAAGUUACGUUUUGGAAUCUUUAUAAAGAUACCUUUUCCAAGUAUCCAGAGUAUGCGAUGUUAUCUGCAGCGGAUAUCAUUCGGAAUGUUACGGUGCACUUUCCGGAGGCCAAUGCCAGUGUUGUGCAUGGCACCAAUCAGAGAUUCGUCAUCCAGAAUUUACGAAGGAAAAGGAAACCUUCGCCUAUCGGGAGACUCAAGUGUCAGUGGAAGAGGCCAGAAGACUCGGAAACAUGCCUGUCGGAGGCGUACAACUCCCCAGAAGAACUAGCUGCCCACAUUACUACUACCCACGUGGAAAGUUCACCACAUCCGCUCAAGUGCCACUGGAUCUCUUGUCCUUACACGCCUUCCCCUCCCUCAACUUUUGCUCUUAACCGGCACAUACUCACACACCUACCGUCUCCAACUCCUCCAGCAAAACACCGCUCUCAACCCUCCGGAUUCACAUCGUCACCUGGAACCGUUGCACCAGUGGUUGCAACAAGUCUGUUCGAGCCAGCUUCCAAUCUUCGUCCCAUUCCACCACCACCUUCUCCAAUUGUUACCUAUCUCAGAGCUGUCCCUUCUAACUCCGUCCCACACAUCUCACUGUUAGCAAUCUAUACAUUGCGGAUCCUCUUUUGGUCUGCUUUUCCAACAGGCGAUGCUGCGGCUGCGCCUGUAGCAGAUGAAGAACGAUUUGGUUUUCCUUCACUCCCCUCGAUGCGCACGCAAGGAGACAGGGGUAACACUAGCGACGAGAAACUUAAGGAAGCCGAAAUGGGUAUGGAUGUGAAGGAAGCUGAGCGGAGAGGUCGGAAAACUUUCAGGAGCGCCCGGCAUCUGAUGGAAGAAGUUUACAUCUCUGAUGAGGUCAUCAUGGGUUGGGUGGUCGAUAUGAUAGUACGGACGUACAAUGUUAAUGACGAAGGAGACGAGGAAGACAGACUUGUAGGAGGUUUGGAGUCAAACACUGACAUGGAGGAAUAA